GUUUUCUGAACCACUUGCUCCGACCCCGAACUGCCUGCAGCCCUUGAACGCCUUUCGCGAGGCUCUGGCACGAUUCCUCACCACGAUACCAUAUAAUUUCACCCGUGCACGUCGCCUUUUGUGCCCGCAACACACGCGUAUUGAUACUGGAUUAUUCCAUCCUCCCCUCAUCCCAAUUUUCAUUCGCCAUCUGUGCGCUAUCACGACAUCAUCAUCGCGAACGAGUGUAACUUGAUCAGCGAAUAAUACUUGCAUUAUAUGGCGCCGGCAUUGUUAGUUGAUUUGGUUGCGGCUGAAUUGAUUUCGCGCUGCCCAGCAUGGCCGCUUCAAGGCUCGAUAGGCUAGUCACAUUGCUGGACAAGGGCAGCACACAACUAAUACGAAACACUGCUGCUCAACAAUUGGCUGAUGUUCAGAAACAAAACCCAGACAAUCUCUUUGCUCUGCUUGGGAGAGUGCUCCCGUACCUGCAGUCCAAGUCAUGGGAUACCCGCACAGCCGCCGCCAAAGCUCUUGGUGGCAUUGUGGAAAAUGCCGAAAAGUUCGAUCCCAACUCCGACGAUGCAGAUACCAAGUCAGAGGAGAUUAAGCCCGAGGACCCGAGCGUUAAGCUUGAGGACACGGGCACUGGAGCCGAUGACCUGCUUCAACUGGCAACCCUCGAUAUCAAGAUGAUUCUCAAACACGGCAAGAAGCUGCUUGGGAGUGCUGGAAAAGAAUACGAGUAUUCCAUGGCCAACAUGACUCCCGCUCAACGACUGGCACAUCAGAAACAGAAUCUCACUGCCCGUCUAGGUCUCGGCGGUGAGUACAUUGAGGAAGAUCUGGUGAAUGAACAUGACUUUGCGGCCGGUUCCCAAGCCAAGGGAGCGCAGACACCCGGUUUGCCCCGCGUUGACACGAAGUCUGGUGCUGCUACACGACAAGAUAGCUUGAACUCAGCAUCUCCUUUCACGGCACUCUCGCCUUCAGAAAAUAAUGGACAUGCUCUGUCUGAAGAGGCUGGAUUGAGCAAACGACAACUCAAUCAACUCAAACGCAAGAACAAAUAUGCUGCCAAAGCUGGUGCCAGUAAGAUGCGUGUGGUCGACCUCUCGGUACGUCGCACGUCAGAGCCCAGUCAAACUCCAGUUUCUGCGACACCGCACGCAGUCAAGUUGAACGGGCACGACGAAUCCAAUGGAGAUUCGACCCCAGACUAUUUCUCCAUCAAGCGAGAAGGGCCGGAUGAUGACACAGCACUCGUUUCCGAAUUUAAAGGCGAAGAUGUCUCGGAGAAGCCAUUGAUACAGCCAGAUGAGGAACAUGCGCGUGACUGGCCAUUCGAUGUCAUGUGUGAUUUUCUCUCCAUCGACCUCUUUGAUCCCAACUGGGAAAUUCGGCAUGGUGCUGCAAUGGGGCUUAGGGAAGUGCUACGUGUACAUGGCAAGGGUGCUGGGCGACGCUACGGCAAGACGAGAGCCGAAAAUGAUAUUGCCAACAAACGCUGGCUGGAUGAUCUUGCCUGUCGUCUCCUAUGCGUCCUAAUGUUGGACCGCUUUGGUGACUAUGUUUCCGACACCGUCGUCGCCCCAAUUCGCGAGUCGAUAGGCCAGACACUGGGUGCUCUACUUACUCAGCUGCCUGAUGAGACUGCUAUUGCUGUUUACAUGUUUUUACAGCAGAUGAUUAAUCAGACUGAUACCGGACUGAAGCAACCCAUCUGGGAGGUCUGCCACGGAGGCAUGAUCGGCCUUCGUUACUUCGUUGCAGUCCGGAAAGAUCUUCUCCUUCAGCAGCCUGACCUCAUUGAUGGAGUAGUUUCCGCCGUGGUUCGGGGUCUUGCUCACCCUGACGACGAUGUGAAGUCAGUUAGUGCCGCAACACUGGUUCCUAUCGCUGGUGAACUUACGACAAUGCGACCACAAUCUUUGGGACAGCUCAUCAGCGUGGUGUGGGAUUGUUUACUCGACAUGCAAGACGACCUCAGCGCCAGCACAGGUGCUGUGAUGGACCUUUUAGCCACGCUUUGUUCAUAUGAACAAGUGGUGGACGCGAUGCGUUCGAAUGCAGAAGAAGACCCGGAGCAGUCAUUUGAAUCACUUGUGCCACGUCUCUACUUUUUCCUUAGGCACACUAUAACAAGCGUGAGGAUGGCGGUGCUGAAGGCGUUGGCGACAUUCCUGAAUCUUUCACACUCUGGCAAUAUGGGCUGGGUCGGUGGCCGAGUCACUAGACUUAUCUUUCAGAACAUGCUGCUGGAGAGAAACGAAGGUGUACUCUGGAAGUCUUUCGAAGUAUGGCGAGCACUUGUUGCUUUCAUGGACGGUCAAGGACUGCAGAAUUUUGUCUCGAGUCUAGAGCCCCACAUUAUGGCAAUGAUCAGGGCUGCGAUCCAGCCUAUCGGUCAACCACGAAGUCCGAUUCCAAUGGAUACUUCACUUCUGAUCAGGCCCUCAGGUGCAACGAUGGCUGCAAUUUCAUCAAAGCACCGAAGAACUUCGGAAUCAGACCAACAACCAAAGAAGCGCAGAAAGUUAGAAAAGUCGGAGCCGGCCUCGGCCCAACAGCAGUCUCACAACACGGAUGGUCACAUGUUGCAUGGCGAUGUUGAGCUGGUGGGCAUGGAAGUCAUGCUACGAACAAGAAUAGCCUGCUCCGAAGCGCUCGGCCUCCUCCUGAGCAAACAGGAUCAAUCUAUGAUCACCACCUAUUGGGCAAGUCUUGUGCCAGUUACCAGCUCCGAGAAUUCCAGCUCGAGGCUCUUUUCUGCAAUGGUCCUAGAAGAGCUUGCCAAGAAUGAACCCUCCAAGCCUCCCAAUACUCCUGCGAUCCUAGCCGAGUUACAAAAGGCACUGGACGACGACGGCAGCAACUGGUACUCCGACAUUGUGUCGUCCUUACAGGCUGCAAGAGGUCAAUGUCAGGCUCUCGUGAGCGCAUUCCAGAACAAUGCCCAUGUACCUCGGGAUCGUCUGCCAGCAAUAGCUGUAGUCUGCCAGGGGACCACUGGUGCGGGCCCUAAAGCAUUUUCGCUUGAGGAUGCCGAAAGGAUUGUCACGACAGAUUUCGACCGUUUACUCAAGGGCCUAACUCCUGCACAAAGAGUCUCAGGCGUACAGUAUUUGAACGAUGCCCGCGCGAACGCCAAGAUAGCCGUGGACGAAGCACGAAAAGCCAAGGACAGUCGGCAGAUGGCUGUCAGAGCCACCAUAGCCUCAGUUUUUAUUCGAUUGGGUGAGAUUCCCAAGAAGCCUGGCCAACUGAUCAAGUGUAUGAUGGACAGCAUCAAGGGUGAGGAAUAUGAGGAGUUGCAGGCACGGUCUGCCUCCGCUGUUGCAGGUCUCAUCGAUUUCUACACUGCGAGUCCUAAACGAGGUCCAGUUGACAAGCUGGUCUCCAAUCUUGUCAAGUUUACAUGUGUUGACACAUCCGAAACGCCCGAAUUCCCUCCAAACCGCAGUUUCGAAGAUGUCGUGCUCUCCUUGCGGAAAGAAGAAGAUCGCAAGGAUCACCCGGACGCCGCUCGGUUUGAACAAGAAGCCAAAGAAGCUAGGAUCAUGCGCCGUGGAGCGAAGCGAGCUCUGGAUGAGUUGGCACAAUCAUAUGGAGCCGCGCUACUCGAGAAAUUGCCCGUACUACAAUCUCUCAUCGAAGGUCCCGUACGUCAGCUUGUGGAUUCUGCAGACCCAGCCACUCUGUCGGUUGAUGAUGAACAAGGACAGUCGUUAGUUGACGCUUUAUCUGCCCUCCGCACUCUGCUGCCAACGCUGGAUCAUGGGUUAUAUCCUUGGGCUCUGUCAUUGAGUCCUCUGAUUGGCAAAGCCAUGCGCAGCAGACUCUCCGUGAUCAGAUACAGUGCUGCCAAGUGUUUCGCGACCUUAAGCAGUGUUAUCCCUGUCGAAGGCAUGACUACCCUGGUUCAGGAAAUCCUGCCGAACAUCAGCAACCCACUUGACCUUCGCGACAGGCAAGGCAUUACAGAAUGCGUCUACCAUCUCAUCAGUGUCAUGGGAGACAGGAUCCUGCCAUAUGUUAUCUUCUUGAUUGUUCCGGUAUUGGGCAGAAUGAGCGAUGCUAAUAACGAAAUUCGUCUCCUUGCCACGACAUCCUUUGCCACCUUGGUGAAGCUGGUUCCGCUGGAGGCUGGCAUUCCAGAUCCUCCGGGAAUGCCCGAAGCACUGCUUCAAGGAAGAGAGAGAGAGCGCAAGUUCAUGUCACAGAUGCUCGACCCCAAAAAGGUGGAACCUUUCCAGAUUCCGGUCGCUAUCAAAGCUGAAUUGCGUUCGUAUCAGCAAGACGGUGUCAAUUGGUUGGCCUUCCUCAACAAGUACAAUCUUCACGGCGUGCUUUGUGACGAUAUGGGUCUGGGUAAAACCCUACAGACACUCUGUAUCGUUGCGAGUGAUCACCACAUCCGAGCUGAAGAGUAUGCCAAAACACAAGCCCCAGAUAUGAGACGACUUCCUUCACUUAUUGUGUGCCCACCUACACUCUCUGGUCAUUGGCAGCAGGAAAUAAAACAAUAUGCGCCAUUCUUGAAAUGCGUCGCCUAUGUGGGCUCACCCGCCGAGAGGAAUAGCCGUCGCAACCUUCUCGAGGCUGCAGAUGUUGUAAUCACCUCUUAUGAUGUUUGUCGAAAUGACAACGACGUGCUAACGGCAAUCACAUGGAACUAUUGUGUUCUUGAUGAGGGUCAUCUCAUCAAGAACCCGAAAGCCAAGAUCACUCAGGCGGUGAAGAAGAUCAUCAGCAAUCAUCGACUCAUACUCUCGGGGACGCCAAUUCAGAACAACGUUUUGGAGCUUUGGUCACUCUUCGAUUUCCUUAUGCCCGGGUUCCUAGGCACAGAAAAAGUCUUCCAAGAUCGGUUUGCUAAACCCAUUGCUGCCAGUCGCAAUGCAAAAUCAUCAUCAAAGGAGCAGGAAGCUGGCGCGCUGGCUAUUGAAGCACUCCACAAACAAGUCCUUCCUUUCCUCCUGCGACGGCUCAAAGAAGAAGUUCUCAACGACCUGCCACCCAAGAUUCUACAGAAUUACUACUGCGACCUGAGUGAUCUGCAGAAACGACUGUUUGAAGACUUUUUCAAGAAGGAACGCAAGACGGUGGAAAACAGCGUGGGUUCAUCUGAUAAGGAGGCCAAACAGCACAUCUUCCAGGCACUCCAAUACAUGCGCAAGUUGUGCAAUUCACCGGCGCUCGUGGUCAAAGAAGGUAACAAACAGUACGAUACAAUUCAGAAACAGCUCGCUACCUCCAAAUCAAGCUUACGCGAUGUCGCCCAUGCGCCAAAGCUAAGCGCGUUGCGAGACUUGUUGGUCGAUUGUGGGAUUGGUGUUACAGGUGACUCCAACGAUAUGUCUGCUUCGAAUUAUGUGUCUCCCCAUCGAGCACUGAUUUUCUGCCAAAUGAAGGAAAUGCUCGACAUGGUGCAAAAUGAGGUGCUCGGCAAACUGCUCCCGAGCGUCCAGUUUCUGCGACUUGAUGGGAGUGUCGAAGCGACUAAGCGCCAGAACAUUGUCAACCAAUUCAACAACGACCCCAGCUACGAUUGCUUGCUCUUGACCACCAGCGUAGGUGGCCUCGGACUCAAUCUUACCGGCGCAGACACAGUCAUCUUUGUUGAACAUGAUUGGAACCCGCAGAAAGAUAUCCAAGCCAUGGAUCGUGCUCACCGUAUCGGGCAGAAGAAGGUUGUCAAUGUGUACCGUUUGAUCACCCGUGGCACACUUGAAGAGAAGAUCCUCAAUCUGCAACGAUUCAAGAUUGACGUGGCGUCUACAGUCGUCAAUCAGCAAAAUGCAGGUUUGGGUAGCAUGGAGACCGAUCAGAUUCUGGAUCUGUUCAACCUUGGAGAGACGUCAGAGAAUGGUCCCGAGGGGCCGGCGGGUGGAAAAGACGAAGACAUGGUGGAUAUGGCCACCGGAGAAGUCAAAAAGAAAGGUGAAAAGGGAUGGCUGGACGAUGUUGGCGAACUUUGGGAUGAACGACAAUACGAAGAGGAGUUCAAUCUCGACUCUUUUGUUCAAAACUUGCAGAAAUAGAGACCCGACAUUUUUUCGAGCUAUUGUGUUGUUAGUGCAAGGUCGGACACUCGGCGUAUUCGCAGUGGGAAGGAUUGCUUACAGAUGCGCCUUCUUCCUGGGACGCUUGGAAACAUUAGAAUAGUUCAUGGAGCCUGAAUAUCAGAGCAAAUGUGAGAACCUUUUUUCAG